AUGAGCGACGCUCGCCCACGUUCCUGGCACAUUGUCGAGACGCGCGCCGUCGUGACGCGGAAGGCGCCCGAGGGCGCCACGUACCUCAACAACUACCGCGUGCUGCAUACGCUGGGUCAGGGACGAUUCGGCAAGGUGAAGCUCUGCGAGCGGCUCGCCGAGACCAGCAGUGCCAGCGACUCUUCGUCGUUCGCAACCGACGAUCAGACUGUGCGUACAACUGCUGAAGAUGGCGACGAAGCUGCGGCGACUUUGCCUCGUCCAGAGACGUUUGCAAGGCCCGCAGUGCGUCAGUUUGCACUCAAGAUCUACUCCAAGACGAUGCUGCGUCGACGGAAGGGGUACUGUGCCGAGCCUGCUGGGGAUCAGCUCCGAGACGGACGAGAGUGUGGUGCAAGUGAAGAUGCAGUGCCUGUGAGGCUGCGAGUGGUCACAGCGCUGGAUCGAGUGCGCGACGAGAUUUCGAUCAUGCGGUCGCUGUACCAUCGCAACGUUGUGCUCCUGUUUGAAGUCAUUGAGGCCGACGGGAGCGACAAAGUGUACUUGGUGCUUGAGUACAUGGCGGGCGGGCCGUGCAUGGUCUAUCGACCAGCGACCAAGGACUUUUGUAGCCCUGUCACGGGCAGUGCGCUGUCGGAAGAGCUGGCGCGGAGCCACAUGUCUGACCUUUUGCUUGGUCUGCAGUACUUGCACGAACGGCGUAUUUGUCAUCGAGACAUUAAGCCGGACAACGUUUUGCUGAACGGAUCGGGGCGGUGCCACAUUAGUGAUUUCGGAUGUGCAAGAGCGCUCGGAGACAGCGCGGCAGAUGGUGUGGGUGGAGUAGCAGGUGCAAAUGCCGAACCCGUGCUGCUGUCAGACACAGUGGGCACGUACCAGUUCUUGGCGCCAGAAUGCUGUUCCGGAGAAGCCUACGAUCCAUUCAAAGUGGACAUUUGGGCUGUCGGCAUCAUGUUCUACAUCUUCUUGUUUGGAAAACUGCCGUUCCGAUCCGAGGGCACACGCGCCCUGUUCGAAGAGAUCGCUCGUGCAGAGAUGCAACUGCCUGGCACAGCAGAGUCUGUCCGGGAGGCACCACUCAGUCACGAGUGCCAAGACUUGCUACAUCGGCUCCUGGAAAAGAAGCCUGAACAGCGGAUUACGAUUGCCGCUGCGCUUUGCCACCCGUGGUUCAUGGAUGGUGACGAACCGCUUUCGUUCUGA